AUGGUUAUUAUAUUAUUUAUAUUAUAUAGUUUAAUUAUAAUUCAUAGAAAUCAAUGUAUUGAUUAUGAAAAAAUACAAAAAAAUAUAAUGAAUUAUAAAUAUGCUGAAGAUUAUAUAAUACAUUCUAAAGAAUCAUGUCAUGGAAUUAUAUUAAAUAAUAUUGAACAAUUAAUUCAACAAUCAGAUUUAAUUAUAACAGGACGUUUAAGAUAUCAUGAUAAAUAUGAGAAAUAUAAACAAAUUCAUUCAUAUUCAAAUCAUAUAAUUACUACUACUACUGCCGAUACUACUACCGAUACUACUUAUACUACUACUAACAAUAAUGAUAAUGAUGAUGAUAUCUAUUUCAAUAUAACUGUAUUAGUUAAAACUAUUUAUAAGGCUAAUUAUCCAAUUGGGAAUGAAAUUAUUAUUGGUCCAGUAUAUAUAUUAGAUAAUAAUAAUAAUAAUAAUAAUAAUAAUAAUAAUAAUAAUAAUAAUAAUAAUAAUAAUAAUAAUAAUAAUGGGAAUGGUAUAGGAUGUUUACCAGUAUUCUAUUCAAAUGCAAAAUAUAUAUUUUUUCUAAAGAAUAAUAAUAUACUAUUUAAUUAUUAUGAACCAAUUAGUGAAGUAAUAGAAUAUACGGAAUAUAUGGAAAAGAAAAUUUAUGCAUAUUAUUGUGAAAAUUGUGUGAAACCUACAAUUGAAUCUAUUCCUAAUCAAGUGUUAGAAUAUGGUCAAUCAUUAACAACUAACUGUAUAGCGACUGGUAUACCAACACCAACUAUCAUGUGGAUAAGAGAUGGGAAAUCAAUUAAUCUAGCUGAUAAAGGUUUAACAGUUGAAACAUUUGAACGUUCAUCAGGCUAUGUGGAAUCUAUAUUGGAAAUAAACAAUUUAAUUCUAAUUGAUACCGGUGAAUAUUGGUGUUAUGCUGAAAAUGCAUUAGGAUUAGCUAAAGAGAAGUUUAUUUUAAAAGUUCAACAAAAUAAUAGAACAGACGAAAGAUUAAUGGUUGAUGAAUUAAUACCUUGUUCAGAUGAAGACAAAGAUUACUGUCUUAAUGGUGGUCAAUGUUAUACCUAUAAAAAUGAAAGAGUAUCAUUUCAAUGCAGGUGUCUCGAUUAUUACUUCGGUGAUCGAUGUCAUUUCCAUACCGAUGGACUAUAUGCUUUUUCUGAAUCUCGUGGAAAUGAUCUACAAUCUAUGUUGCAUGCAUUAACUACAACACUUACAUUACGUGGUGUAUUUUUCACAUUAUUUGGUGCAUCAAUGAGUGUUUUAACAUUUUAUGGAAUAUGGAAAUGUCAACAAAAAAGCAUGCAUCGAAGACACUUAAGAAGACGAAACAAAUCUUUAUUUAAACAUGAUUCACAAAAGAAAACAUCUCAUUCUAUCAAUCAUUCAAAUCAUGAAAAUAGAAUACAUAAUACAGUAAAAGAUAAUACAGCGCCAAUUUUAAUUAAUGAUAUAUAUAAAAGAGAUCAAACUAUUGAACAUAUUCCUAUUCCAGAAAAUUAUUAUGGACAAAGUGGUAAUAAUUAUAUAUUGUCCACUUCAAAUUUAGUUAAUAAUGGAUGUUAUGAUAAUCGUUCACAAAAUUUUACUGGUGAUGUAAUGAUUGAUUUAAAAUCUCCAUUAGCAACAAGUCAUGUGAAUCCACAACACUUACAUGAUCAUUCAAGAAGCGCGAUUCCGUUCGGUUAUCGACCAUCAUCCUCUUUAGAUCAAUGUAAUGAAUCAAUUCAUAAACCUGAGAAUGGAAUAACUUUACACAAUAGACCUUUUGGAACAGAUUGGUCAACACGAAGGAUUAUAUCACAAAAACCUGGAUCUAUGAGAGAUCGACUACCAAUGCUAGCAGAAGGAUCAAAUUUAGAUUUGAAUAUUGAUCGAUAUCCGAAUUACACAGAUUCUAUCGACAGAAUGAAUAGAUUUGAUCAAGACAGAGAGAUAUCAUUAAACAUGAUUUCAUCUUCUUCUUCAUUUAUACAAACUAAUACUUGA